AUCCUCUCCUGCCCAAAUAUAAGCUAUCUUAACCUGCUUUUAUUUAUUUAAAUUUUUUUUUUUUUGCAAGUCUGGAGGUAUGGGUCGUUUCGGUGGUCGCGGAGGCGGAGGCAGAAGCGGAGGUCAGUGUCCCGAAAUUGCGUUCUUUUCUAGAUCAAGAAUCGGCAAAGAUAUAUCUGUGUGUGAUUGAAUUAGUUUCCCCAAGAUAUUGAAAUUUUUGAACAUGGAAGUGCGGUUGGCAGUAAUACGGAGACGUAUGACUGAUUUGGUUUGUGUUCUUUCACAUUCUGAUUUCUGUUAUGGGAGGAAGAGUAGAAGGAAGUUUGUCCUUCUACUAAGCUUGAUCUUAUGUCAGUGUCGUAAUUAGCAUGACUCUCCUUGUCAAGAUUGACGAAUACUCUAUUUGUUUAAUUGCAUAGCCAUAUUUUGUUUUAAUCCAUCAUUUGUUUUUAAUCAACCUCUUUUAUUGUUAUAGUUUCAAUGUUUUCCUCUCUCUAUUUGUUCUAGUAAUAUUUUGUUUUGAUGUGCAAAGGGUUUCAUUCAUCUUCUGGCUUAACAUCUAAGAAUAGUAAAGAUGGUAAGUUAUAACCUCCACCCUGCUGGUAAAGAAGUAGAGAUUCUAUCUAUCCUUUUUCUUUUCCUAGUGGUAGAUGUUAGGCGUUAUCAAGUUUUUCAAGUUUUUUGGUUGCAGGGUUAUCUAUAUUUCUUUUCUUUUGGCUAUUCUGUUUAUGUUUUAUCAACUUUUUUGGGUUGCAAACUCCCCUUUCGCCUCUGUGUUUUGGAGGUAUACUACUUUGAUGUAAUACUAAUGGUUCAGAGAGACAUAUUCCCUGGAGGUUUAUCCUAUUUACUGCAAGUGGCUAAUGACUACUGCUAAUGAGUUGUUUUAACUAGAUGCUAAUGCUUUCUGAGGAUGUUGUAUUUAUGAUGGAAUUUCUUUAUAUCUAUGUUCAUUAUAUAUGGAAGGUGAACUUCGGAAGGGUUGUGUUGCUGCUAAUAGUGGAUCAGCAUUUUGGUCUUGGUGGUCAUCUCUUGGUGAGGCAAUGGAUUGUUGGCAACUUUAUGUUUUAUAUAAUAAGUGUUUGGCUACGUUAGAGGAUAAGGAAGAUGAUAAUCUAGGAUGCUAUCUUCAUUGGCAAGAGUUUUAAGGGCCAUGUGGUAUGGUAUUGAUUAACAAUCGUUUAUCGUUUAUAAUGGCUUCUUAAUUCUCUUCCUCAAACAUUUGUAUAGCUUUAAGAUGCAUUUAAGUGGAAUUAAAUUUACUGUAUUGAUGUGCGUGAGUGUGUGUGUGGACUUUCCAUGUUUUUGUAUGAAUUGCUUCCUCUGUGCUCUGUGCGUGUGUGACUUUCAAUGUUUAUCUAUGAAAUAUUGAAAUGCUUUCCCUAUGUUAUGGAUGAAAUUGGUUUGUUGUUUUCUGGCAUACUCUUUAGAUGGGAAUAAGGAUUAUGGAGGUAU